AUGGGGUUCAGGGCGAAGGCCUGGAAGCCCUCUCCACUGGGUGGAGACCCCUCUCUGGUCAGGCAGCUCACAUCCCACUGGUUGCAGGUAGACAGGACGGAAGUGGUCCGAAGCAGCCUGCACCCUGUGUUCUCCAAAGUCUUCACGCUCGACUACUAUUUUGAGGAGGUGCAGAAGCUACGCUUCGAGGUCUAUGACACACACGGACCUGGUGGCCUCAGCUGCCCAGAGGAUGACUUCCUGGGGGGGACAGAGUGCACCUUAGGACAGAUCGUGGCCCAGAAGAAAGUGACCCGAGCUUUGCUUCUCAAGUCCGGCAGGAACGCUGGCAAGUCCACCAUCACGGUGAUAGCAGAGGACAUCUCAGGGAAUGAUGGCUACGUGGAGCUGUCCUUCCGGGCUAAGAAGCUGGACGACAAGGAUCUCUUCAGCAAGUCGGACCCCUUCCUGGAGCUGUACCGGGUCAACGAUGACCAGAGCGAGCAGCUAGUGUACAGGACUGAGGUGGUGAAGAACAACCUCAGCCCUGUGUGGGAGCCCUUCAAGGUGUCACUGAACUCCUUGUGCAGCUGUGAAGAGACAAGGCCCUUGAAGUGCCUUGUCUGGGAUUAUGACUCCCGAGGGAAACACGACUUCAUCGGCGAGUUCUCCACCACCUUCCAGGAGAUGCAGAAGGCCUUCGGGGAGGGUCAGGCCCAGUGGGACUGUGUGAACGCCAAGUACAAACAGAAGAGGCGCAACUAUAAGAACUCAGGGGUGGUCAUCCUGUCCCACCUGAAGUUCCACAGGGUCUACUCCUUCCUGGACUACAUCAUGGGUGGCUGCCAGAUCCACUUCACCGUGGCCAUCGACUUCACGGCCUCCAACGGCGACCCCCGGAACAGCUGCUCCCUGCACUACAUCAACCCCUACCAGCCCAAUGAGUACCUGCGGGCCCUGGUGGCUGUGGGCGAGAUAUGCCAGGACUACGACAGUGACAAGAGGUUUUCUGCUUUGGGGUUUGGAGCCCGAAUUCCUCCCAAGUAUGAGGUGUCCCAUGACUUUGCCAUCAAUUUCAACCCUGACAAUGACGAGUGUGAAGGCAUCCAGGGUGUGGUGGAGUCCUACCAGAACUGCCUGCCCAAGGUCCAGCUCUAUGGCCCCACCAACGUGGCACCCAUCAUCAGCAAGGUGGCCCGCACUGCUGCUGCCGAGGAGCGCACUGGGGAGGCCUCCCAAUACUACAUCCUGCUUAUCCUGACGGACGGUGUGGUGACUGACAUGGCAGACACGCGGGAGGCCAUCGUGCGUGCCUCCCACCUGCCCAUGUCCAUCAUCAUUGUGGGUGUGGGCAAUGCUGACUUCACUGACAUGCAGAUCCUCGAUGGGGACGACGGUGUCCUCCGCUCCCCGCGUGGUGAGCCUGCACUCCGAGACAUCGUGCAGUUCGUGCCCUUCCGAGAGCUCAAGAAUGCGUCCCCCUCGGCACUGGCCAAGUGUGUGCUGGCUGAGGUGCCCAAACAGGUGGUGGAAUACUACAGUCAUAAGGAGCUCCCGCCACGAGGCUUGAACACCCACUCCCAGGAGGGUGGCCCAGUUUUGGCCCUGUGAGGACGCCUAGAGGGGGACCGGCAAGGGGCAGUGAGGACUGUGUCCAUGUAGUCUCUGUCCCUAGCACUCUCAGGUCCCUUCAGCGCCCCCAAGGCUCUCCAGAGGCUCCUUGCCCCCUAGCCCAGGCCUCACACCUUGUCCCCCUGUGAUCUUGUGGCCUGGGUCAGCAUUAAGCCCUGAGGCUGAAAGAUGAACAAACCCCGACCCCAACUGACCGUCGGGAGCCCUGGGCAGGAGCCACUGAGUGGUGGGGGCUAGCAGUGCCUGGCUCAGCCCCAACCCGUGUGGGAAAGGGGUCCUGUGAGCAGGAGGCCUUAGGCAGGUCCAUGAGUCAGGG